UCUUCCCGCUUUUCGGGUUCAGCCCACCCGCUGUUUUCUGCAUUCUGGAUUGGAUUACGCUGGACCAGUUAUUAUCAAGACAUCGCUUUCAAACGAUUCUGGUCUCGACGUGGCCCUAUAUCCGACUUAUACUCAGACAAUGGCACAACAUUCCACGGAGCCAGACGGGAAUUAACGGAAAUGCAACGGAUGGCUGUAUCUCAAAGUCAAGAUGAGGACAUUGCAAGUUUUCUGACGAGUCAGGAAAUCAACUGGCACUUCAUUCCGCAGUCUGCCCCGCAUUUUGGAGGUAUUUGGGAGACUGGCGUACGAUCAAUUAAACUUCACCUUCGCCGAGUAAUUGGGAGCAGUGCAUUAACUUUCGAAGAAUAUUCCACCGUUUUAACCCAGAUUGAGGGUCUACUAAACUCUCGCCCACUGUGCGCUCCCAGCGAUCACAGCCUGGAUCCCCUUACCCCCGCUCAUUUUCUUACAGGUCAACCUCAUAUGUCGGUGCCAGAGCCAUCGUUCUUGGACGUGAACAUUAACAGACUGCAGCGUUGGAGACAGCUGCAAGCCAAGGUUCAAGGGUUCUGGAAACGUUGGAAUCUUGAAUACCUUUCUUCCUUGCAGUCGCGCACCAAAUGGCAGCAGGAGACCAACAACAUAACAGUGGAUACGCUUGUGGUACUGAAGGAGCCGAAUCAACCUCCUAGCAAGUGGCUGCUUGGCCGCAUCACCGAAGUUCAUCCUGGUCAAGACGAGAGAGUUAGAGUGGUCACCGUAAAAACUGCCCGAGGAGUGUACAAGAGACCUAUCACCAAAAUUGCUGUGCUUCCCUUUAACUGAACAUUCGUUCAGGGGGGCCGGUAUGUUGAGGAAUUAAUCGCUUAGUUUUAAGUCAAUAUUCAUUCAUAUAAGAGUUGCCCUAAUCAUAUGCUCGCGAUUGUUUGCCCGCUGUUCUUAUUGCUUAUGUCAAAAAAAAACUUAACUGUAACAUUCUCACGCGUAUAGCCAAAACGCGCAGCUGCACACGAAGACAUCGAUGUGCACCGUCUUGGUAUUGGAGUGUCGCAUCGCGUGAUCUUCUAAUUCCCUUUUGGGCUCGACUUUAUUGGUGGAGUUGAGUCAGUACCAAACUAUACUUGAGAGUACCCGCACGCGUAUUCAUCAUCGCACCGCUAUUGUCACCCCCGCUUUGUAUAUAACCCGCUGUGCAAAUAACAUUUAAACCACUAAUAUUACAUAUGAAUCAAAUAAAAAUACAUAAAGAUUAAUA